GCAGUCUGACCAGCACAUCAUUGGCAGGGUGGCAGCCAUGGAGCGAGUCUUUGGAGGGGAAGUGGCUCUUGAGAUCCGAGAUGGCAUUGCCCUUGUGACGCUCGUGGCGACGGAAGGGAGUUGGCCCUGGGGGACGUUGCGGCAAGAGCACCGCUGGAAUCCCGAAUUGGUUUCAGCACUAUCCCAAGCAUUGAAUGUCGUGGAGGGUUCCGAUGCCAAGGUGUUGGUGAUUACAAACAACGGAAAGUAUUGGUCCAACGGCAUGGAUCUGCGGUACCUGGAUCAACAUGAGCCCGACGCAUUGCAGCGCUCGACCAACGAGCUGAUGGCAAGGCUGUGCUGCUUCCCCUUGCCCACGCUGGGGGCUUUCAGGGGCCACUGGUGCGCCGCCGGGGCAAUGAUGGGAUUGGCGCUGGACUUCCGCAUCAUGUCCAAGGAGUCAGGCUUCUUUUUUAUUCCUGGCGUGGACCUGGGCCUGGUGUAUGCGCCCAUGCAGAUGGCGCUGAUGAAGGCAAAGCUUCCUCAGAGCAUGCAUCGAGAUGUCAUCCUGUUCAACUCCAGGCGAUGGACUGCGCAGGAUCUCUUGGCAGCUGGCGCCAUCGAUGCCGCAAAGCCCACGCAGAAGGUUCUGCCCUGCGCCAUGGCCAUGGCAGAGGCCCUGCGGCCCAAGGGCCAAGGCCCAGCCCGGCAGGCGCUGCCUGCCCUGAAGCGAGGCCUCUACCAUGAGGUCUUGCAAGCUGUCAACGCUGGUGGCAUGGCAUUUCCCGGCCGUACGGCUGGUGUUGAUCGGGCAGCCCCCGCGAAGCUCUGAC